CCUUGGGGUGCAGAGUUUGUCGGGGGGUGCAGCGCGGUGUAGCAGAGUACCGGCAUCCGGGCCACAGCGACCCGUAAACUCAGAAUCGGAGCUCAGCGUUUGUGUUUCGGAGGAUUCUUUAUUUGGCACAUGGUUUGAAUCUUCAGACAUCUUCAAGAUUACCUGCAGCAAUGAGGCAUCAGAAAUCAAGCACAGCGAUGAUCCUGAACUGUCUGAAGCCUUCGAGGAAAACGCUGCUGUUCCUGCUCUUCAUAAUGUGGCUUGUGGUUUCCAGUCACUCAGAUGAAGAUUAUUACAAGUUACUGGGAGUUUCGCGAGAAGUGAGCACCCGGGAGAUCCGGCAGGCCUUUAAGAAGCUUGCUCUGACCAUGCAUCCAGACAAGAACCCAAAUGACAAGACGGCCCACGAGAAGUUCUUGAAGAUCAACCGUGCAUAUGAAGUGCUGAAGGAUGAAGACCUGAGGAAGAAAUAUGACAAAUACGGAGAGAAAGGGCUUCAGGACGAACAGCAGGGAGGCAGAUACGAAAGCUGGAGCUACUACAGAUAUGAUUUCGGCAUUUAUGAUGAUGAUCCUGAAAUUAUUACUCUGGACAGAGGAGACUUUGACGCAGCGGUGAACUCUGGAGAAGUUUGGUUUGUGAAUUUCUACUUUCCCCGAUGCUCACACUGUCAUGACCUCGCUCCAACGUGGCGAGAGUUUGCGAAAGAGAUGGACGGUGUGAUACGGAUCGGUGCUGUGAACUGCGGAGACAAUGGCAGACUCUGUCGCAGUAAAGGCAUCAGCAGCUACCCCAGCCUGUUCAUCUUCAGAGCCAACAUGAAUCCAGAGAAAUACUAUGGAGACAGGUCCAAGGCCAGCCUUACCAAGUUCGCAAUGCAGUUUGUAACCAGCAAAGUGACCGAGUUGUGGCAAGGAAACGUUUUCACCGAGAUUGAUCAAGCGUUUGCCUCCAGAAUCGGAUGGCUCAUAACGUUCUGCGCUGACACUGGAGACUGUCUGGAGUCACAGACGAGACAGAAGCUGGCUGGGAUGUUGGACGGUGUGGUGAAGGUGGGCUGGAUGGACUGCACCAUGCACCCUCAACUGUGUGAGAGUUUUGACGUGACGAGUAGCAGCACCGCCCUGUUUCCUCCUGGCAGCUCCCUCGCUCAGGAGGGCAGUGUGCUGUUUCUGAAGACUCUGGAUGCCCGAGAGAUUUACACGCAGGUGAUGCAGCACAUGCCUGACCUGGAGACCCUCACAAAGUACAGUUUUGAGGACAAGUUGGCUCGUCACCGCUGGCUGAUCAGUUUCACCUUUGGGGAGAACAGUGUGGCCACUCAUGAGUACAAAAAGCUCAGCGCUCUCCUCAAAGACGCCCACAUACAGGUGGGGAAGGUGGAUUGUGCGUCAGAAGCAGAACUGUGUGCUUCUCUCUACAUCCAGAAACCCUGCAUGGCCGUCUUCAAAGGGCUCGGCAUUCAUGACUUCGAGAUCCAUCACGGUAAAGACGCCCUGUAUAACAUCGUGGCGUUUGCGAAGGAGAGCGUGAGCGCCCAUGUUACAACGCUGCGGCCGGAGAAUUUCCCCCGGGACGAGAAGGAGCCCUGGCUGGUGGACUUCUUCGCACCUUGGUGCCCCCCCUGUCGUGCUCUGCUGCCUGAACUCAGAAAGGCCUCCAUCCAGCUGCAUGGACAGAUGAAGUUUGGCACUCUAGACUGCACCAUACACGAGGGUCUCUGCAGCAUGUACAACAUUAACGCCUAUCCGACAACAGUCAUCUUCAACAAGUCAAGCAUCCACGAGUAUGAAGGGCACCAUUCUGCUGACGGCAUUCUGGAGUUUAUCGAGGACCUGGUGAAUCCGGCUGUGGUGACGCUGACACCAGACACCUUUCAGCAGCUGGUGAAGAGGAGGAAGCAUACGGAGACAUGGAUGGUGGAUUUCUACGCUCCGUGGUGCGGACCCUGUCAGGCUCUGCUGCCAGAGUGGAGGAGAAUGGCUCGGAUGCUGAGUGGGAUGAUAAAUGUGGGAACGGUGGACUGUCAGAAAUAUCACUCUUUCUGUCAGGGUGAGAACGUGCGCGCGUAUCCUGAGAUCCGCCUCUUCCCCCAGAACAGCAACCGCAGAGACCAGUACCAUAGCUAUAAUGGCUGGCACAGAGAUGCUCACUCCCUCAAGACCUGGGCCCUCAGUUCUCUGCCCCGUGCCUCAGUGGAUUUGACGCCGGAAGACUUUAAGAGGAAGGUUCUGGAAGGGAGGGAGCACUGGGUGCUGGAUUUUUACGCCCCGUGGUGCGGGCCAUGCCAACACUUUGCCCCAGAGUUCGAAGUCCUCGCCAGGAUCCUGAAGGGAACGGUCAGGGCAGGAAAGGUGGACUGUCAGGCUCACUAUCAGACCUGUCAGAGUGCAGGCAUCACUGCUUACCCCACUGUCUGCUUCUAUCCAUACCUGGGCACUCCACGGCGACAGCAGGGUGGAGAGUACAUCAACAGCCGGGACUCCAGCGUCAUCGCUGACGUCAUCCGUCAGAGACUGCAGCAGCUCGCUCUCCAGAACAAAUCCCAGCCCAAGGAUGAACUAUAAGACUUUAUUCAGCUUUCUACCCAAAUCUCCACUGAAUCCUUUGGCCUGUGGUAAUGAUGUGAUGGGCUGGAGAAACUCGCGCACACAGAGGAUGCUAAAGACUCAAUAAGAGAGAUCGAUCUGGAUUGAGGUUUGCCGCCCCUGAGGGAUCGUUUGGAGGUAUUUUAACCUCAGCUUUGUGUCAAAAUGUGUGUGAGAAGGAGGUCAGGAUGGACAGACUCCAGGACUUCUCCAAGCACCUCCAACAUAAGCGUUACUGAGUCCGUUUCUGAUUUUCCCGAUGAAGAAUGUACUGACUGUACAAGUUUUCUGUGUACAAUGUGUUUCUCAUUCACGCUGUGUCCUUUACUGUGAUGGCAGUAAUGCUGAAUACUGUUUUCACAAGUUGUCUACUUUUUUUUUGGGUCAGCCUUUUACACUCCUGUUCUACUGUCAAAUGAAAUGGUUUUAUUUAUCUAGUGGAGAUGCUGUUUGGAAAGACGCCUCUGUAUUUUGACAGAUGUCAAUUUCCUGUGUUUCUAGGAAGCACUGAAUUUAAAUACAAUACAGUUUCUAUGGUAUUACAUAUUGUAAUAUUGCCUUAGCUUGAUAAUGAACUGACUGCAAGGGUAUAAUGAACUUUUCACAACUUCAGUUUGUUUUUUUGUUGUUGUUUUAAUCAGAGGAUUACCGGACUGCACUGUGUACUCUUAUAAAUAAAGGUUCUUGAUUGGACAUACAGGUCUAGGAAGAACCUUUAAUUGGUGCAGGACCUUUACAUAAUGUGGAGGUUCUUCACAUGCGCUCAUAACGUUUACAAAAAUGGUUCUUAGAAGGAUCAUCCUUUGAACGUUCUCUAGGAAACCGAAAGUUGUUCUUUUAUGGCGUCGCUCAAAGGAAGCUCGUUUGGCACCUUUAUUUUUAAGAGUACUGUACUGUACUGUUGGGGUUUGCAGGUAUUUCAGUUCUGUAGAUCAGUUUUCUCCUUUAUUGUUUUACAGACACUCGUCCGUCAUGCCAUUAUGUAGUGCUGUUUUGCACAGAUUCAUGCUGUAAAAUUAAAACUUUUUUCGAUGACCUUUC